AUGACUGAACAGCUAGGGUGUGGCCGAGGCAGCAGAGCGCUUGACGCGCUCACAAGGGGGGGAUAUCCUGCAGGGUCAAUUAUCGAGGUAUGUGUCGUGCCCCUGCCUUUCCGCAUGUUGCCACGACUGCUUCAGAUACAUGGACCGUCUGUGGAGCCAUGUUGGCAGCUAGCAUGGCUCGCGGCGGCAGCCGCGUACAAACGAGGCUGGAAUGUCGUUGCAUGCAGCGGCCACGCCUGCCUUGACUUUGGCGCGCCGGCGGUGCUGCUGGAUGUACUGCGCAGCCUGGAGGCGGAGUGCAGCUUAGUGUUGGUGGACUCGUGGACGCGGAUCGUGGAUGCGGCCGCACCCGCCGACUCCGCUACCACAUGGGCGCUCCGGAACCGCCGCCUCGCGACCUUCCUGAGGCAGCUCUCUGGCCGGCUGCUCAUGUUGCAAGCCCAGCGAAGGGGGAACCCCGUCAAUGGCGGCACCAGCAGCAACAGCGGCGGCGGCGAGAGCCGAGACAAGACGCAGCGGUGGCCGGCGCCGUCAGUGCUCGUGUGUAACAGCGAUAAGGCAAGCGCAGCACUUGUUAUCCGUGGAAAUGGAGGAAGGGGACGUCAUGGCCGGGUGUUGCAGCAGUACGCUGCCAUGCGGCUACGGGUGUCAGAGGACCUUGACGAUAUUGCUGUCGAGGGCGGGCCCGACUUCAUGACUGUGGAACUGCUAAAGGGACCCGCGGUAAACACAAGGAUGCCCACAACCCAAACGCGUGUAUACACAUCCAGCCGUACCACUGACGGGCUUCCCAUCACGGAAGGCCACGCCUUCCCAACGGUCAUGGACCUGCUAAUGGCAGCACAGCAGCUGGGCCUUAUAGCGCGCCAGGACCACACGGAAUCGUCGCCACUCACAGGGAAUGCGGGUUACACAGCUGGGGAGGACGCAUACGUCACUGGCAGUGACCGACCUCCUGGAGCAGUUGCCGAAUUCGUCAAAAGGUUUUCUUAUGGUGAUUUCCGAGCUGACACGCUUGGCAGCUUAGCAUCUCAGAUAACGGCGAAUGGACACAUGACACAGCUGCGUGAACAAGUCGUUCAAAAGUUACAUCCGUUGCCAUAA